AUGAAGUUCAGCCUGGGAGUUGUCAACAUUGCCUUGGCGAGCCUUGCGGCUGCCACCCCUCUUUCGAGUCCCAACGAGCCCGUCGGUUUAGAAGGUUACUACAAGAAGCGCCACACCAUCUACGUCAAGUAUGGCAAGAGCAUUCAGGCCGCCAUCAACAAAGCUUCUUGUGGAGAUAAGAUUGUCGUUGCACCGGGCACUUAUGCGGAGCAGAUCACCAUCGACAAAGACGGCAUUCAGCUCAUCGGCCACAAUGCCAUCAUUGUCCCUCCUGCCAAGCCUUACAAGAACACGUGCAGUGGUCUGGCCGGUCCAAAGACCCAGGCCGGUAUUUGUGUCACAGGAUCCGGAAUCAAGUUCACAAAGUUUGUCACUGAGCACAAGAAGGUCAUCUCUGUUAAGACUCAUGUCAAUGACGUCUUGAUCACCGGCUUCCAGGUCAACAAGUUCUCUGGUCUCAACAUCGCUGUCGUCGGUGCCCGAAACGCUCGCGUAACCAAGAAUUCACUCACCGAUGGUGCUAAGUACGGGGCUCUCACCGUUGGCUCAAUCAACAGUCACAUCGACGACAACUUUGUCACAGCGAGCGUCCUCGGCAGCAUCGGUAUCUGCAUGGACAACCAGAACGGUGUUUUGGUCAACAAGAACCAUGUCUCAAACCACUUUGUCGGUCUCUGCGUCCAGACCAAGAUGGCAGAUGUUCAAUACAACCAUGUCGAAGGUUGCUGCUUUGGCGUCUUUGUGGAUCCCUACGUCUACGGAGCCAAGAUCCGCCACAACACCAUCGGCGCGAAUAACCCCAUUUGUAAAGAUAUUGGGUUUGCUGCCGGUAUUGUGAUUGAUGGUGCGAUUAAAUCCAAGGUCCUUGAUAAUGUUAUCGAAGAUCAAAAGAUUGGUGGCAAAGGUACCGGCAUCGUCCUUGUCGACGACGAAUGCACAGAAGAUCCACUCUCCAUCUCAUGCAAAGCUUUCGGUCAGAAGGCGGAGUCCUCAGGUAACAUCAUCCUCCGCAACAUCAUGCGCAGGAACGACAUCGACAUAUUUGUCAACACCACUGGCCAUGGCAACAUCAUUGCUUGCAACGAAUGCUCGCUCCCCAAGAAGCUCUGCAAAUGAUUCAAUGCUGGCGCAAUUAAGGAAAUUUUUAUUGGAUGAGUCACGUUAAUAGGAAUUUCAUCUUUGGUAAAUUACGUCGGAGUAUAUUUG